AUGGCGCAAAAAUUUAUGCUGCACCUCCUUCUCUACUCCGGCGAUCGUGAACUUAAUCGAUCACCAUCCCCGCCAAGAUACCAACCCUUUUUAUAUUCGUUCUUUGGCACGUAUCCCUCUAGAGGUCGGAGACCUCCACCGGAAAAGGUGGCGUUCAAGCGCCUCACUAAAAUCCUGGGUCAAAAGACACGCUCAGCUAAAGAAUCACUUGACAAUAUAUCAAGAAGUCCCCGCAAGUUAUGGAGCAGGGCACGUCAGCGACUUUUCCCACGCGCCACUCUUCAAAAGCAGUUUUAUAUUCAACUAGCUCGACUAUCAGCCUCUUCGGUGGACCAUGUCGAUGAUUCGAUGGUCAGCGCCACAAGCCUAGCAGCAACUGAUAGGGCCACAAUAGCAAGUGUGUCGUCGGCUGAUGGUGCAGACCCUCCGCUUGAGAAGAAAGUGCAUCCUGCAAAGAUUCAUACAAACUCUCCUAUACUUCCCCGAAAGCCAGGAAAGUCGAUUCUCAAACCUCUACGAGACAACGUCUUUAUGCAGAGUGAGCUGUGCACAGGUCAAAAGCACACGGCCGCCAACACCUCCCUAAACUUACUCAUGUCAUUCAAGGAUACCACACUGAAAUCCAGGGCCUCAACGGGAUCACUCUACUCAAGGCUAAGACGCAGCGCCAUGUCCAAAGAUCCGUUGUCGCCAGCCCGAGUACAGAGAACUGCCGCUGGGAUCCUAGCUGUGGAAAGGAAUGAUUAUAGGCCGUCUAAUCCCGGAUGCCAUUGCCUGAGGGGCUGUAUCUGUCGAGUUUUGGAAAGAUAUUUCCAGAAUAUCAUUGAUGAGAACAUAGCAACGAUAGCACCAGAAGACAUGACCAAGUCACAGGCGACAAAGAUUAAUGUAGUGCGGUUCGAUCAUGCAGACGUAUACCCCAUUGAAGCCAUCGAAGAGAGCGAUGACGAAUCCUCGUUGUUUGCUGAUUUCCAAUGGAUUGACGAGUUAGACGUGUUUGAUAAUUAUAGAGAUGAUAUCCUGAACCUUAUGGGAACGCGUGGUGAUCCUGAGGAUUCUGAUGAAUCUCUAUUGGCUAGUUAA